UUAAGGUAGCUGCAGUGAAGGGAGCUGCUUUCCCAAGAGCUGGAACCUGAAAUAAGGAAAGAAACAGAAACGAGUGUGUGUAAGAAAAUGUUAUACUAGUCCGUCCUAGUAUAAAUGGAUGUUAUAACCUUCGGAAUCAUAAUCGGCGUUAUCAUUCUCUUCUUAGUCAUUGUUUGCUUCAUCACCAUCGAAGGAACCUGCAACAAGUCACGCUCCUAGUCUAGUCCACCUCCUCUCUUCGAUUCAAUCUCUUCUUUCUCUCAUGGCAUUCAGCGUUCAAUUCACAUUGCUCCUACUGGGUUUGCUUAUUGGCUCCUCUUUGGAUCUGGGUCACUCCCAUUCUGCUGGUCACUGUUCAUCUGAACCCCAUCAUCAUGACCAUGACCAUGAACCCCAUCAUCACCAUCAUCAGUGUGGAGGUGCCCAUGACCAUGUUCAUCAUGAGAAGGAGAAAUUGAGUGGUGGGUUUAUGCUUCCGGAGGAGUUAGCUGAGGAGGAGGAUAUGAAACUGUACGGGUUUGGUUUACCCCAUCACCAUGACCACUACAUUGGGAUUGAAGAACUCUCGGGUUUAGGGCUUUGGUUGAAUGCAAUGGGCUGCUCAUUUCUGGUGAGCAUGGCUUCCCUUAUUUGCCUGAUUCUCCUGCCUGUAAUUUUUGUACAAGGGAAACCAUCAAAGGCUGUUGUUGAUUCCUUGGCUUUAUUUGGGGCAGGAGCUAUGUUGGGGGAUGCAUUUCUUCACCAGUUACCUCAUGCUUUUGGUGGCGAACACUCACACUCUCAUGAUAGCCAUGCUGACCAUGAUCAUGAAGCUAGUUCUGGACAUGGACAUUCACAUUCUUUAGCUGAUCUUUCUACAGGAAUAUCCAUCCUAGCUGGAAUUGUACUCUUUCUUCUUGUGGAGAAGAUAGUGAGGUAUGUGGAAGAAAAUUCAGGAGGAUCCAAUUCUUGGACGCAUGGACACCAUCACCAUAACCACAACAGCAAGAAAAAAUUGGAUGAUAGCAAUUCUAAUGUCAAAUUGCAGUCAGAGUCUUUCAAUGCAAAAGGAGAGAGUGUGCUCAAUGAGGCAGAGGCUAAAGAAUCCGAUCAGGAAUCACAUGAAAUUUUGAAGGGUGAUAAUCCAGCUCAGCCAGAAUCCUUGCUUAGAAAGAGAACUGGAAGCAAUGCGGCCAAAGGUGAUAAUGCGGAUGCUAGUGCUGUAGUUAAAUCCACAGAUGUUAAGGAACCAGUUAGAUCACCAACAAGUCUUGUGUUUGGUUAUCUCAAUCUUUUCUCUGAUGGAGUUCAUAAUUUCACUGAUGGAAUGGCAUUAGGAAGUGCUUUCUUGCUUUAUGGAUCUGUUGGUGGCUGGUCCAGAACUCUGUUUUUGCUGGCACAUGAGCUUCCUCAAGAGAUUGGUGAUUUUGGUAUUCUGAUAAGAUCUGGUUUCAGCAUACCAAAAGCUUUAUUCUUCAACUUUCUGUCAGCACUCGUAGCACUUGCAGGCACUGCAUUGGCUCUGCUCUGGGGGAAAGAUCCUGGACAGUCAUCUCUGAUUGAGGGAUUUACAGCAGGUGGAUUCAUAUAUAUUGCAAUUGCAGGAGUGCUCGCAGAAAUGAAUAACAAUGGCAAGACGACGUUGAGAAGUACAGCCCUCCAAAUAACCUCACUAACAAUGGGCAUGGCUGUUGCCCUUGUUAUUUCCCUUGUAGAAUGAAUGAAAUGUACUUUCUCAGGACUUGCAUAUCUUGAUUCUUGAUGUGCCAGUUAUUUUUAACAAAAAAAUAUGCAGCCUGCCCUAGAAUGGUUUCAUUAUGUUUGCUAUCUGCUGAAUGGUGGACCCAGAAAAGCUUAGGGAAGGGGAGAAAACGAUAGAUCAAACAGAAUGGUCAGGCUAAAACUUGCAAUGAUCCCUGGCCCCUUAACAGAAUGAACUUUUGUAUAGUAAAUUUCUCAAUACAGUCUUUAUUAGCACAAACCCUUGUCUUUGUCAGAUUUAAGAUUUUCUUGUAACAUUUUUGUCGCUUUUGAGCUGUAUAGCAGUCAGUAUGCUUUCCUUUCUGAUGCACGUUAGAUGAAAAAACUGAUUGUGUCUUAACUCUUAAGUAAUACUGCACAUUUUUUGGUA